GGGGGGCGUCUGCGCGUCACCUUGAUGGAGGAGCGCCCGGGAUUUAAAUGCCACUGAAACGGUGAUCCAUCACCAGCAGGAACAGGCAAACUUUCGCAGGGGGCUCCGCCAUUGGCUGCCGCGGUCACGUGCGCCCCGUCCCUCCUUCACCCUCCCCCGCCCCCUGCACACUGUACAUUCAUAUCAUUUUUCUCUUUGGCCCCAUGGAGGAAGUGAGAAAGUUGGCACGGUCACCCAGGGCUCGGAAGGACCCGGUCCCUGUGUGACAGGCAGAUGGACAAUGCGAGAAUGAGCGCCUCCUUCCUGGAGCACCCCAUCCUCAACGCAGGAGACUCGGGGACCUGCUCCGCCCGAGCAUACCACUCUGAUCAUGGGAUUACAACUUUCCAGUCGUGCGCGGUCAGUGCCAACAGCUGCGGGGGCGACGAGCGCUUCCUGGUGGGCAGAGGGGUCCAGAUGAGUCCCCCCCACCACACUCACGCUCAUCACCACUACCCCCAGCAGGCAGCCUACCAGCACCUCAACAACCUGGGUAUGUCUUAUUCCCACUCCAGCUGUGGCCCGGGGUUCGCAUCGCAGAACUUCAGCGCAGGUUACAGCCCCUACUCAUUAAAUCAGGAAGCAGACGUAAGCGGCGGGUACCCCUCGUGCGCUCCCGCUGUUUACUCUGGAACUCUCUCAUCUUCCAUGGUCCAGCAUCAUCACCACCACCACCACCAGGGUUAUGCCGGGGGCACGGUGGGCUCGCCUCAAUACAUUCACCACUCAUAUGGACAAGAAGCGCAGAAUCUGACCCUGGCAAAUUAUAAUAACUCCUUGUCCCCUCUCCAUGCCAGCCACCGAGAAACCUGUCGCUCUCCUUCAGCAGAGACAUCACCUCCAGCACAGACCUUUGACUGGAUGAAAGUCAAAAGGAAUCCCCCCAAAACAGGGAAAGCUGGUGAAUACGGGUAUAUUGGCCAACCCAACACGGUGCGCACCAAUUUUACCACCAAGCAGCUGACUGAGCUGGAAAAGGAAUUUCACUUCAACAAGUACCUGACUAGGGCCAGGAGGGUGGAGAUCGCAGCCUCGCUGCAACUCAACGAGACCCAGGUCAAGAUCUGGUUUCAGAACCGCCGCAUGAAGCAAAAGAAGAGAGAGAAGGAGGGCCUGCUACCCAUCUCGCCCACCACCCCAUCACGGAGCGAGGACAAGGCCGAGGAAUCCUCAGACAAAUCUACCUCCUCGCCCUGCAUCCCCUCUUCCCCAGCCUCCUCUACCUCAGACACUCUGACUACCUCCAACUGAGUUUGCCCCCGGCCCCUGUCUUCCUCCCUCCACCCCCCACCCCACGAUACUUUAGUGCAGGACUACUAACCCGAAGCACAUUCUUAGCUUAUCUUUCCCUUCGUUUACAAUGUCUCUCUUUCUGCUUGAUGUUAUCUUCGGGUCUUCUCCGGGCUAGGUCACUGUGUUUCAAGAGAAUUCUGGCCUAGAGACCUAGAGGCUGGGUGGGAGUAACUUCACUAAUGGUGGGGUGCCACCAUCUGGUUUUUGGAUGAUCUCUGAGGGCCCCCUAUCCAUGAUUGAUUCAGAUACCCUUUGGAAAAGCUCCAUCAUGCCCCCUCCCCAUGCUUGCAGAGCGGACAUAUCUGUCAUCUAACUUCAAAUUAUUUUUCUUCCCCUCAUCCUCCUUCUCCUCAUCUCCCAGACACUAAAGGCAGAGUCUAAAGGCCUCAAGAAGAGGAUGCACUAUGAAAGUGUUUACACAAUUCAGCUUUUUAAUUUAAUGCAUUCAGUUUCUUGUGUGAGAGUUUGCUGGUUGUAAAUACUUUAAGAGAUUUAUCUUUAUACAGAUUUUCUAGAAAUGAUGUUUAGCUUAGGAGAUUAAAACAGGGUGGAUACACUCCCAAAGCUGGGUGUAAUUUUAUACAGGACUAAAAGUGACAAAAUAAAGACAUCAGACUGGACUAGUGAAGCCCGAACAGAUACCCCACAGGGAAGUAGCCCUGUGUCUUUGAAGGACACAUGUAGGCCUGGGCUGCACUGAGUUUUUUUUUUUUUUACUUUGUUUUGUUUUUUUUUGUUUGUUUGUUUUUGUUUUUGUUUUUUUGUAAUCUUCCUUGGGUGUGCAGUGUCUCUCUUCCCCAGCCCUGCCACCUCUUCCGGCCUCCUCCUGCCCCAAUCAAAAAUUGUGCUGGAUUAUCCUUGAACUUUAGGGCAUAUUAUUCCCAAACAUCUUAUUUCCACAGUAAUCUUUCCCUCGAUUUGAUGUAUUUCCAACCGAAUCGUAAAUGUGAUAAAUGGCGAAAUGAAUGUAUAUUUCAUGUGAUUCGUGAAUAGGCUUUCUGCAUGGUGCACAAUGGUUUGAGCCCCCAAAGAUACUACACUGAGUUCUAUCAGUUGUCCUUUGUGGUCCCACAAUGUUUCUGAGUCUCUGUACAAUCAUGAAAAGUUCUGAGAUCCCAAGAGUGAUGGAAUCCAGAGCAGAAU